CAAAGAAAACCUCUUCAAUUUUAUAUAGAUAUUCUUUGCUUCGAACAUGUUGUCGACUGUAAAAAACAUUUCUGUGUUAUAUGAUCCCAUAAAUGAAAGCAAAACCUUUUCAAGCGGAGAUUAUAUUUCGGGACGGAUUUCAGUAGAAUUAGCAAAGGACUGCACGAUCAAUUCUCUGUCAAUCAAAGCCAAAGGGAAGGCGCAAGUUCGGUGGACAGAGAAGCAUGGCAAAAAUACUACGACAUACCAUGCUAAAGAAAAGUACUUUAGUAUGAAACAAUUCAUAAUUCAAGAGCAAAAGGGACAAGGAAGUGACUAUCAAACCCUAGUAACGGGACAAAGUGGACAAGCAUAUUGUAAUGUGGUAGUUCCAGGGUGCCAUGUGUAUCCGUUCACCUUCCAGAUCCCUCAACAAGAGAUGCCAAGCUCAUUCAAGGGCAGCGUAGGUAAAGUUAUCUACAUACUGGAAGCCAGGUUGAGCAGAUCAAUGAGGAUUGACAGCACAGCUGUAAUAGAGUUCAACUUUGUCUCUAAGACUAACAUCAACAGCAUCCCGGGGAUACUGAGUCCUCAGCAUGGCUCAAAGGAUAAGAAGAUGACGUUCUUCACCUCAGGCACAGUGUCCAUGGACAUCAACCUUGAGAGGAUGGGUUACUACCAAGGAGAAGGCCUAAAAGUGAUGGCCGCCAUUCAGAACAACUCUAGUCGUGAGAUUAAGCCAAAAUAUUUACUGUACCAGAAGCACAGCUUCUUUGCAAGGGGAAAGAGGAGGCUCAACACUAUAGACGUCCUGAAAGAAGAAGGAGAGCCAAUCUCUCCUUGCACUAAUCAGAACGUCACCAAGGUCCUCCACAUCCCUCGUGACAUUGGUGUUUCCAUCCUCAACUGCAGCAUCCUCAAAGUGGAGUACAGGCUCAGGGUCUACUUGGAUGUACCCUACGCUACAGACCCAGAGAUCAAGUUCCCUGUGGUCAUCCUCCCUGCAGCCCAGGCUCCUCCUGGUCAGGGGGAUCUGCCUCCACCUUACCCAGGAUUUGGUGUGGAUUCCUUUGGGAACCCAAACCAGCCUUCAUGGAACAGCUCACCUUCUGCUCCACAGUACCCAGGAACCUCACAGUUCUCAGGGGGGCAGCAGUACCCAGGAGGGCAGCAGUACCCAGGAGCACCAGGGUUCCCAACAGCCCCACAGUUCCCAGCAGCCCCACAGUUCCCAGCAGCCCCACAGUUCCCAGCAGCCCCACAGUUCUCAGCAUUUUCAGCCUCAGGCACCUCUGCCCCCCCACCAAGCUAUGGAUCUGUUUACCCAUCCUUGUUUGAUUAUGAACAGAAAUCAUAAUGAAAUAAGUAAGUAAAUAAGUUUUGAAACUCCAAUUAAUCCUAAAUGUUCUCAGGCAAUGAACUACACACCAAACCUAGUUUGUGUAUGUUGUCCCAGUAACUCUUGGUUUGUGAAAACAAAUAUAUUUUUAUUGUAGAAUAUUCAAAUUUGGUGGGAGUUAAUUUAAUUAAAUAUGUAUCACAUGUGUUGUAGCCUACUGAACUGAUGUUUGUGUUGAAAUGCUAGAUACCGGCGUGGACGAUAUAAAUGCAUGUUUGCACAAAAUAAAUAAUUUAUCUGUUCAUAGUAGAUUACGUUCAGCCUUGUUGAUAAGCCUGAAGUUGUCAUCAAGCAUAACUGAAUACAGCUUUACAAUUUGUAUGGAUUCAUAACAAGUGAUAUGAUAUAUGAAUUGAUUGUUGAAUGAUUGUUAUUUGGGAUUAGGGUUCGGUAAAACUUAAAAACAACGGUCUUAUUUACUAACUAUGAAUGAGCUGUAUGUUUACAACUCAAAACAUAAGGACGUGAUAAGAUAAGCUUCGAUCAUGGAAAAAGAGAUUGCUAGUGACAAUAUCUGUUUCCUUACCUGGUGACCUCUGUAACUAAAAUCACAUGGGUGGAACUUGGGUUGGGGGACACAUAGGUUGAAAGUGUAAAGACAAUAUAAAGGCAAAGUGUGUUGCCACCCAGCGAAAGGGGUUUAAAGACUCAGUUUUACGCUAUACAAUUGUGAUACCUUUGUUUGCAUUAAACAUUUUCAGUACGACAAUUACAAGUUUUUCUGUGGAGUACGACUCGAAAAAUGAAUUAAAUAUGUUUUCUAGGGGAGAUGCAAUCACCGGCCG